GUAAAAACAAACACCUUCUUUCGCUGUAUCCAUUUGUACUUACAAUUUAGGUUUUAAUGGAGGAUGUGUUUUGUUUACUUAGCAAUGGACGAGAAAGUAUUCCUCUUCAUUGCAAAACUGGCACAAACAAUUCUUGCUCAAUUGAUUUAGAAACGGAUAUUGCAAGAUGAGAACUGCUGGAAACAGAAUUGCUUUAAGAGAAAUCAGCAAUGUCACCUACCAGCGGGGGAAUAGAAACAAUCAGGCAAAAAAUGGAGACCGUGAUCAUUUGAACAAACCAACGUUCAGUAUAUACCAAUUGGAAUCGAGUCCUAAACAAGAGAACAUUCCAUACGAAUACUCAGACCCAUUCAGUGACGGUGAAGAAUAUGAAACACUGGAGCGAUCCCUGAACAGCAUUAGCAUCCUCACCAGCAGUACUGUACAAGAGGCAAUCCCGGAAACUGACGUGGAAGUUCAUCGGGAACCAUUCGAACAUGAGGUAGACGGCUACCCAAAAUACCCUUCAACAGAAGCCAUUCGUCACCGAAGACCAACGAAUGCAUUCGCAGAAACCGAACAGCAAAUUGAGAAAGAUGCCCUGAUUGAUGAUAUUAUAGUCUUUCAAGAUUAUGGCGUCGACAUCGCAACUCAAAUGCGUCGACUCGAGUCCAGACUACUGCCCGAUUUUCGACACUUGUUCCAAUUGUCAGAGUACACAUUGAAUACGCGCAAGCUCCUGUUCAAUUGGAUGACAUACGCUCACGGGUGUCUUGGGUUCGUGCAAGAAACAUUAUUCCUGGCGUUCAACUUGGUUGAUCGCAGCAUGUCGGUGGAUGCAUCGGUGUUUGAGAAUGUUUGUAUUGUCGGUGCUGCCGCGCUUUUUAUUGCCGGCAAGUAUGAGGAAGUGCAGACACCAGCGAUGAAAGAAAUUCUUCAAUUGCUUGAUGGAAAGGUAAGUCAUCACGAUAUAUGUAGGACCGAACUACAGAUGCUUGCCCUACUGGGCUAUGAAAUCGGUUGGUCAGGCCCAAUGCCCUACAUCCGCAAAGUCGCACAUCGUCUCAAUGGUAUUGGAGAAGGCAUGCAAUUUCUGCUAGAGUAUCUUACAGAAGUGGCAUACAUGGAUUCUCGCUUUCUGCCAUAUACACCAAGUCAAAUUGUGUUUGUAUGUUGCUGGGCUGCACUCAUAAUCGCUGAUCAGCCAGACGAUUUCCUAUUCGAGGUAGAGAACGCAAACGUCACUACUGUUAAAAACGAUCAUCGUUUUCUUCUCGAAACGCUUUUCGAUGCUUUGCGCCAGCCUUGGAAGCAUCAUCGCGUAACAUACGCCAAGUAUAGCCAAGAGCAACGCUCAAGAAUUAGUCAAGCGGUAUUUCUUUGGUUCCAGCGCGGCGAUGCUCCUGGGCGAACGAACUUUGCGAGUUAUGAAUCGCAGAGCGAAUAUACUGAUGACGACCUUCUCGAACUUCGUAUGAGUUAUCGCACAAUUCCUGAACUGUAGAGAAGUGCCAACCACAGGCUCUACAAAUGAAAAUUAUGCGUUUCAUGCGUUUAAAAGAAAACUAAAACUUAAUCACACUACCAAUGUGUUUGAAGCCGGUUGAGGAUACUCGAAAUGCAACAGGAGCUAUUUUUUUCUUAACACAAACAAUGAGACUCAAAAAGUCGCUCCCUCAAAAAACAUGGUCGUUACGAAAGUCAUUAAUGUACGUAGCCAUUGCUUUGAGGGUAUUGGGCCAAACAGCUUCAAAACGCCGUUGAGAGAGAGAUACGCAUGCACUCAAUAAGGACACCUCACACUUACGUUCAUUUGUAAGUGGUAUUGUUCACCUUAAUUGUUUUAUGUUACUCGAGACAAGAGUGUGGUUAAAGCAUUACUAGCAUGAAAAACACACUGUAAAAAAUUCGGCGUCUCGUUCAGCAUUUAAAAAUUGUAUUCAUAGAUUCCAUAUCGUAAUAUCAAGUACUUUCACAAGAGUCUGGCC